AUGCUGGAUUCGGUCAAGUGUGUUCUGGUGGGAGACUCUGCUGUUGGGAAAACAUCUCUUUUGGUACGUUUCACCUCUGAGACUUUUCCAGAUGACUACAGACCCACUGUAUAUGAAAAUACUGGAGUGGAUGUCUUCAUGGAUGGUGUACAGAUUAGCUUAGGUCUUUGGGACACAUCCGGCAGUGAUGCGUUUAAAGGCAUUCGCCCCCUCUCCUACCAACAGGCAGAUGUGGUAUUAAUGUGCUACUCGGUAGCAAACCACAAUUCCUUUCUGAACCUGAGGAACAAAUGGAUCAGUGAGAUUCGCAGCCAUUUGCCCCGCAUCCCCGUUUUGGUGGUGGCCACUCAGACUGACCAGCGUGACAUGGGUCCUUACAGUUCCUCCUGCAUCAGCCCUAUAGAUGGAAAGCGGCUCGCCCAGGAUGUGCGAGCCAAAGGCUAUUUGGAGUGCUCUGCCCUCAGCAACAGGGGGGUGCAGCAGGUGUUUGAGUAUGCCGUGCGGACAGCAGUCAAUCAAGCCAAAAGACAGAACAGACGGAAGCUCUUCUCCAUUAACGAGUGCAAGAUCUUUUGA